AUGAGUUUGAAUGAAGUGACUUCGGGUUACUUUGGCGAUGUGCCGUACUGCAGCCCCGUAGAAAGCAGUAUAUAUUUGGACGUCCUCACAUCUGCAAGGAUACAUCGUGUCCCUGAAUCCAUGAUGACGAAGGCCGACGCUGAGAAUUUUUUCGUGGAUUCUAGUACUCAAUAUCAUAGCUUGGUCCUGCAACUAAAUAAUAAGGCUGAUGGAGCUACAAGUCGGCCAAAUUCUAGUUGUGACAUUGGGGUUCUCGAUGCUAUCCCUCCUCUGUUUCAAUCGCCGUCCGUUCAGCGGAUUUUUCGAGAGGACGAGUACAACAACUGCUUUGUGACCAUUGAGUCAAAGGAACCGAGUCGCACCUCCGCUAAUGAUUAUUUUGGUACUAAAGAUGGCUCGCCUGUUCAUGUGGUGUCGCUUGAUCUGAAGGGGAUAGAUAACACGUGGCAGUCUCUUUUGUCAUUUCUUUUGGGAGAUGCGCCUUGUGAAAAAGGUGUUGUGUACCUUCUACCAAGCCUUGACGCCUACCUCCACAAAGGAGAUCCGUACAGUGGCUUUAUGUUCUCUUUGUGGGCGCUUGGUAUAUCCUCAAUACUGCAUCACUUUGCCUCAAAUUCCAUGCAUUCGACUCGUCAACGACUUAAUAAGGUGAGCAUUUGUAUUACUGUUUUGGAAGGCGCUGAGGGUGAAAGUGUCGCGGAUGACGUUCAUCUUUUUCUUGAGAACAGAUUAAGGAUUUGUGUGAGUCGCGCAAAUAAAGUCUCGGACAUACCGAGUGAUACUUUAAAUGUGGAUUCAGCGAAUGUGGCUACUGCGGAUAAUCGUGAGGAGUGGCUUGAGAAGGCGACAGAGAUGGUUGUAGGAAUUCACGAGGAAUUGUGUGAUGUAGAUGAAGAGGACCAGAAUGGAUCGGAUUGCAAGUUGCGUUGUAUUUUGUUUGUCAUACCCGAGGUAAAAUUUCUGCGAAGAGAUUUGGAGAGAUACCUAUGCGACAGUUAUACUUCCAUUCCAAUUGUUGUCGUUACAGAAGAGAAACAAAUCCGCAAUCUGUUAUUGUCCAACGACCGCCGGACCCCUAUAACACUGUUCUGCUCGCAGCAAAAAAUUGAGGAGGAGCUUCGAAAGCCAGAUCAUGAAAGAUUCUUGAAUCAUUUGACUGUGAAAGCUAUUUUUUAUGGCGAGGCAAACCGUUGUGACCGCGAGAUUGCUAUUAUUCGCCUACUCCUUCCUGGAGGUCCUCUUCCAGUGAUGUUGCCGCAUCCACUUCUUGAUUCCGCAGAUAAAGAGGAACACUGUGAUAAGUUACGUCUUCCUGGUAGUGAGUGCUUUCAAGAGGCAAUGAAUGUUGUCCUAUGGCUAUUUAGACGCUUUAGACUUGAUCUUUCUCGAGGAGGAACAAAUCCAGUAUUACAUAUAUCUGAAAUGUUUUUCGUUUCUCGAGGUGCGGUGGAGUUUUUUGAGAAUGUUAUGAAGUCAAUGAAAGCAGCUGGUUUGGUGUGCUUUGUGAAGCAGUCUGAUGGUUCAAACGCGUAUCGUCUAGAGGUCCUUGGGCGGACUCUUUCAUAUAGGUUUCGUUUGCCUUAUGAACCGCUAUUUCCUGAAUUCACGCCAUUUGAUGUUAAAUGCAUCCUUUGGUGUCACGCUUUUAGACAAUCCAGAGCCACUGCUCAAGAGCUAAUAUGUGCUGCUCAUUUUCUACCAACGUGGGUUGAGGGUGCACUUCAAAAAUUUUUCUCGCGUCAUAGAAUAACGUUGGAAAACGAAGUAAGUUCAGAAGAAGAGGCUGUGGCUCUUGUUCAGCAUCUUUCUUCUGUGCCUAAGUACGGUCCGAAUUUUUCACGAGUGAAGACCUUUUUAAGUCAUCCCUCGGGAGAAAGAGUGCCCAUUUCUAAGCAUUUUACGGGAACACAAUCAACUUCUUGCCGGGGCUGGUUUGAACAGGCGCCUAUUAGCAGAAAUCCGGAAACGAUACCGAGGCCUCAUGUGAACGUUUACUGUUAUCCUUCUUCUACUGAGUUGUGUGAAGUGCGGUUUGGAGGCGAAACAAUGCAGUGUCCACUGGAUCUUUCGUACCCUUUGAUUGCAACCCACAUUGCUCUUCACACCACGCUCUGGAACAAUGGAGUUUUUCUUGAGUAUUACAAUGAUUCUAGUGCGGCACCUCUUUUACCAAUACCUUCAGCCGUACUUCAGUCUCCUACAUUGAGGUCUUUUUUGAAUGAUGUUAAUGAUGGAAAUGUAGGAUUCUGGCUUGACAAUUGCAUGGAUUCAGGUCCUGCGCUUUCUGAUCCUUUGGUGCUUGCUUCUUUAAUGUCAAAGGCACACUCCUUAUUGGGGCUUUGCGACCAUGGGGCACUCCGCCGGAAACGUCUUCAAAAGGAAGCCGCGGUGAAACGUCAGAAAUGCGAAGUAAAAGCAGACUUCAAGACCCCAUCGGAGGCUGAAGCAGCAACCAUUAGGGAAUUCGCCAACGCAGCUAUAAAACUGGGACGUGAGAAUGCGGAGAAGCGUUUUACAGGAAUGAGAGGAUUUGCUUUUUUAAAUCCUUCGCAUGAAAACCAUGCUUACUACAUUCAUGUUUUGGAGCAAUCCUCCAAGUAA